AUGCCAUGCCACAACAUUAAGAAAUUUAGAAUAGUUCUGCUGGAUCUGAACAAGUCGAUCUGUGAUGCCUGGACCAAGAGUGUUCAUGAUUUCAACAAAACAGCAUACUCAACAAAAAACCUCGUUUGGUUUGAUGUUCCAGUAGAAAUUCACGUUCAUAAUGGGUCAUUUGCGAGUUUGGCAGAGGAGCUAAAGUUGCAGCCAACACUUAAAUGUGAGGGACAGCAUGGAUAUCACCAACAAAUUUCGAGGAACUAUGCGACAACAACAAUUCUUUCUCCUGGUAACUCAAUUGGGUACAUGGGGGGAGGAUUCGAUAAAGCAUUGGCCAAUCUUUUUAGUCACGGCAAUUUCGGCUGGAAACACACGGAGAAGCACGUGCAAAGCCAGCUAUUGGACCUCUAUAAGGGUUAUUUAACUCCAGAGAAUGCCAACCUGAUCGAAUUUUCCACUGACAGCUUUUAUUGCGAUUCCAAGGCUUGGAAUACACUUAGUGCCAAUUCCAUUCUUCAUAUGCCUACCAUGAGGGUUCCUAGACCGCUAACAACGGCUACCAGUGUGAUUGAACAAUAUCGGUAUGUGUUUGACUGCACAUGGGAACUUUUAAGUACGGUUAAUAAGGCCAACAUUGAAACUUUGAAGUGGGAAGAUGACAGACAUGCUGUGAUCAACACGAUGGUACUAACUGGAAUUGGAACAGGAUAUGGAGGAAUUCCGGUGCAGAUUGUUGGAAAAGCAAUGGUUGCUGCAAUUGUAAUUUUCACGAAUCAUGCACUCCUCCGAAUACAGAAGAGUAUUUACUGUUUGAAAUUCUUACGGGAAGACUACGAGAAACUCAUCAAAGCCGAUGAUCUGAACGUUCGGAUAAACACCGACAAGUACGAUCCUGAAAUUGACUCGCUUGAUAAACUUUUUUAG